AUGGCCAAACGCACCAAGAAGGUCGGGAUCAUGGGCAAAUAUGGGACCCUUUAUGGUGCCUCCCUCAGGAAAAUGGUGAAGAAAAUUGAAAUUAGCCAACAUGCCAAGUACACUUGCUCCUUCUGCAGCAAAACCAAGAUGAAGAAACGGGCUGUGGGCAUCUGGCACUGCGGUUCCUGCAUGAAGACAGUAGCUGGUGGAGCCUGGACCUACAACACCACCUCUGCUGUCCCAGUCAAGUCUGCCAUCAGAAGGCUGAAGGGAUUAAAGACCAAUAGAUGCUCCUCUAGCAAACCUCUCUGGCUGGCUCAACUGCCCCAUCUGUGUAAGCGAGCAAGCAAGGACCCAGAGGGAAGCUACACAGAGAGCCGGCAGCUGACAACUGAGGAGGAGAAGCCAGAGCUGUAG